AUGCAAGUUCAAAAUCGUAAACGGGCGAUUUGCGAACACAAACAUAAAAUGGAGGAGAUGAACACAAAGCUGUACAUGGAAAACUGCUACAUCAUGCAAGAGAACGAGCGGCUGAGGAAGACGGCCGAGAUUCUUAACCAAGAAAAUCAGGCGCUGCUCGGCCAGCUGAAGCAGAGGUUGGCCGCAGCAGCUGGCGGCGGCACCGCCGCCACCUCCAAAGGGUCAAACUCUGGCAAGAAACCCAAGAACUGA